UAGUCUUUGGUCCGGAAGUGCCGUGUCGCGUUGCAUGCUGGGAAAACACGUGUGCUCGUGUGAUCAACUAAAAAAUCAGGCAAUAUUUUAACCCUUAAUAAAAGUUGUGACUUUGCCACAUUCCAUUAGUUAAAUUUUUAUCAGUAUCGCUUUUUCCGAGUUCCUUGCCCGCCCGUGUUUACCGUGCCGACCUCCAUUUUGUGUCGAACAACAACAACAACAGUAAUAACAACACAGCACUCAAGUUUCUCUAAAAGUUGCAGAGGUGGGUGCCAUGUCAGGCGCAAAGAAGGAAGAUGAGGGGCCGGCGGACGGACGUUUCUCGCGGGUCAAGCGGGACCCCCGAUUCUGGGAAAUGCCCGACCGCCAGCAAAAGAUCUCCAUCGACAAGCGCUUUACGUCCAUGUUCCAUGACGAGCGCUUCAAAAUCAAAUCCACGGUGGACAAGCGGGGACGACCCGUCCAACACUCCACCGCCGAGGACCUCCGACGCUUCUACCAGAUCUCCGACGAUGAAGAUGAGGAUGACGACGAGGAGCAAGUCAAGACUGGUGAUGAAGAUGACGACGAAGCCGGCUCGUCAGAUGACGCGGAGUCGGGCUUGGAUUCCUCCGACGACAGCGGUCCGGACCUGGCUCGCGGCAAAGGUAACGUGGAGACCAGCUCGGACGAGGAGGACGAAGCUGAGGACGUCCUGCAGGGCGAGGACGAGGAGAUCCAGCACGACUGGGGCGAACUCUGCAAGGAUGCCCAGCGCAGCGAGCAGGUUUGGCGCCGGCUGGCCAUCUGCAACGUGGACUGGGACCGCCUCAAGGCAAAAGACCUGCUGGCCAUACUUAACUCCUUCAAACCCGAAGGGGGCGCCGUGCUCUCCGUCAAGAUUUACCCGUCGGAAUUUGGGAAGGAAAGACUCCAGAUGGAGGAGUCCCAGGGCCCGCCGGAGCUCCGGGCACUGCCUGACGAUUCUGAGGACGACACUCAAGAGGACAGGUCGUACCGAGAGAAGAAGCGCGACUACCAGUUCAAGCGUCUCAAGUACUUCUACGCCGUGGCUGAGUGCGACUCGGCCGCCACCGCCGCCAAAAUCUACCAGGAGUGUGACGGCUUUGAGUACGAGAGCAGCUGCUCCGUUCUAGACCUCAGGUUUAUCCCCGAUGACGUGACGUUCGAGGACCCUCCCAAAGACGUGGCGACCGACGUCAACUUGGCGACGUACACGCCCAAACUUUUCACUUCGUCAGCCAGCGCGACCUCCAAGGUGGACCUGACCUGGGACGAGACGGACCCGGAGCGUGUCAGCGCCCUCCAGAGGAAGUUCAACAAAAACCAGCUUCUGGACAUGGACUUCAAGGCCUAUUUGGCGUCAUCGUCCAGCGAAAGCGAGGACGCCAACGCUGAAGAGGAGGAGGAGCAGGAGGAGGACGAAGGUGAGCAGGAAGGCAAGGCCAGCAAGAGCCAGGAUCAGUUGGAGAGGUACCGGCGGCUGCUGCAAGGCCUCCACGACAAGGAGAGCAAAGAGCAGCAGGAGGCCCAAAAGAUGGAGAUGGAGGUCACCUGGGUGCCGGGCCUGAAGGAGGCCACAGAGCAGCUGGUGAAGAAGAAGCUGGAACAGAAGCAGCAGCAGCAGCCCACGCCCUGGGAGGAAUUCCUGCAGAAGAAGCGAGACAAGAAGAAGGCCAAGAAGAUCAACAAGAAAGCCCAAAACGAGGACGGCCAGCUGAGCGACGACUCCCUUCCCGACGCCGUGGACUUCAACGACCCGUUCUUCCGCCAGGAACUCACAUCUAAGGAAGGCAAGACCAAAGACAAGAAGAAGAAGAAGAAGAAAAACCAGGAUGGAGAAGAGCGUACAGCAGAAGAACAGCAACGUGUGGACCAAGACAAGGCCGAGAUGUCCCUGCUGAUGGACGAGGACGACGAGGACGAGAGGCACAAACAUUUCAACUACGACAAGUUGGUGGAGCAGCAGAACUUGAGCAAGAAGAAGAAGAAAAAGUUGAUCAAGAAGGGAAACGUGCCCGACGAGGACAACUUCCAGGUGGACGUGUCGGACCCUCGCUUCCAGGCGGUCUUCACGUCCCACCUGUUCAAUCUGGACCCGUCGCACCCGAGCUACAAGCGCACGCGGGCCACGCAGAGCAUCCUGGAUGAGAAGCGACGGCGCCGAGAGGAAGCGCACAAACAAGAGGGUGCCACUGACAAUGGGGCUCGCCAGGCGCCUGGAGAUGGCACAGACCGGGACGCCGCUCCCGGAGAACCCGCAGACCGAGGCGCCGCGCCCGAGCCCUCGCGGGACGCCAGCUUGUCGCUACUGGUCAAGUCCAUUAAGAGCAAAACGCGCGACUUCCAAGCGCGUAAGAAAGCGAAAAUACUUUGAACUACGCUUCCUGCAUGGACACUGAGGGCCCAACUUUGGACGUGUUUCGAUGAAGCCGCCGUUUCUGCCCUUCCGGAAACACGAACGGGAACGCUCUGCUUUCUAUUGCGGACUGUCGAGAACUGUGGACACCAUGUCCAGGACAAACUAUGUUGUUGAAGGCCUCAAACGUUUGAGGUCUGUUUCUAUUCCUCUGGAAAGUGAAAUACACGUCAGUCGCCGCUAGAGGGAGCUCACGUAGCACAAAUACCAGCUUUCCCUUCAUUUGAAUUUGUAUCAAGCGUCAGUAUUUGACACUUUGCAUUGUAGAACAUUAUGUAGGUCAUUCGUGAUCUCGAAAUCAAAUAAAAAGAAUCAAAGCAACCAAAAGAAACGAAAUGUGCCAAAA